AUGCCGGGCCGCACGCCGGGAGCGGCUCGACCGGACCAGGCGGAGCAGGCCCAGCACGCGGCGGCCGGCGCGGACGAUGCAGUGUCGGCCAGUGGGAGUGGGAGUGGCAGCGGUGGUGGGUGCGGUGAACGGGCGGCCUCGGUGUCGACGAGCCAGCGCAUGGUGUCGGCCACGGCGGGCAGCAUCCUGACGUCGUUGCUGGUGACCCCUCUGGACGUGGUGCGUGUGCGGCUGCAGUCGCAGCACCUGGCGGUGCCGCAGACGGUGGCGUCGUUCAAGGCGCUGCCGGCCAACCUGGGCGUGACGGCGUGCUGCCGCGAGGUGUUCUGGGUCGGCGACAACGCGCAGUUCUGCAUGGCCGGCAGCCAUCCCAGCACGAACAAGAACAUUAGCAGCAGCAGCAGCAGCAAUACGAGCAACAUUCGCAGCACUAACAUGAGCGGCCUGGCGGCGGACUGCACGCAGCGGCGCACGUUCACGUCGACGCUCGACGGACUACGCAAGAUCGCUCGGCACGAGGGCGCACGCACGCUGUGGCGCGGGCUCAGCCCGACGCUGGCCAUGGCCAUCCCGGCCAACGUCAUCUACUUCGCCGGCUACGACUGGCUGCGGUACGACGCGCGCAGCCCGAUCCGGCGCGCAACGGCCACGGCCGGGUUUGGCGCGCCCGACCAGGCGGCGGCGCUGGCGGCGGGCGCCACGGCGCGCGUGGUGGCGGCGUCGGCCAUCAGCCCGAUCGAGCUGUUCCGCACGCGGCUGCAGGCGGGCGGCGGCGCCGACCACUUCCGCGAGACGCUGCGCGGGCUGCGGCUGCUGGCGCGCGACCACGGUGCGCGCGUGCUGUGGCGUGGCCUGACGCUGACGCUGUGGCGCGACGUGCCCUUCUCGGGCUUGUAUUGGGCCGGCUACGAGGCGCUGCGGCGGCAGUUUGCAGCUCAGCGUGCGGGACGAGCGGAGGCGGCGGUGGCGGACGGCGCGCUGGCGGUGUUUGGCGAGAGCUUCGCGGCGGGCGCGGCGGCAGGUGCAGCAGCGGCCCUGGUCACGACGCCGUUCGAUGUCGGCAAGACACGGCGCCAGACGGGGCCGGCGUCGCGGCUGUCGAUGGUGGGCUUCCUGUGGCACAUUGCGCGGAGUGAAGGGCUGGCCGGGCUGUUCCGCGGGUGGGCGGCGCGGUGCCUGAAGGUGGCGCCGGCGUGUGCGAUCAUGAUCUCGAGCUACGAGGUGGGCAAGGCGGUCAGCGGGGGGAAGUGA